CACUUGUGACGUAAUAAAUUGACAGUUUAGUAAUUCAAGAAAAACAAAUAUUUUCCAGUAGUUAUAAGAGUGUAAAAGUGUGUUUCAGUGUUUAUUUGUUACUAUAAUUUGAAUACGAAAAUUGAAAAUGAUAGAAAACCAGGAAUCUCAAAAUGGUAAAAUUAACAAUUUAUGUAAAAAAGAUGUUGAGGACAAAAGAAAUGUUUUAAAAGAAUUAUGUACGAACAACGCUGAUUACUUUUCAAGAGAUAGUAGUGAAAAUGGUCAGAGAUUAUACAUUUCUUUUCUUGCAAUGAACGAUGCAGUAGAUGCAUUAUGGCCUAAAAUAUCUAACAUUGAGGCACAUGUUAGUGAGUUUGAUUUUGAUGAAGAAACCCCCGGAAAUGGCUAUAGAAGUUACUUACAUGUUGUUAACUUAGCAAUUGACUUAGCUAUAGACUUAAAUAAAAAAGUUUUAUUUAGGAGGGAUAGUGUUCUGUUUAGAAAAACAACGUUAACUAAAGAUGUAGAAUCAUGUUCUCAUUUAUUAACUAGUUUGGACAUUUGCCUAAAGCAUCUAGAAACAUUGCUAACUUGGAGUGACAAAGGUAAUUUAUUUGUGAGGGAAGAACACACACCUGAAGAAUUACUUACAAAAUGUGGAGAAAUAAAUCAGCAUUGUUUUUAUGGAAGACAUUUAGGUUUUCAGUAUUGCGAUUCAUUAAAAAACAUUUUGCAGUUUAUUGCUUUAUCCAUGACAUUAUUCUCUGAAGUUUAUUAUAGUCAAGGUUCCUUAAUUUCAAAAGCAACAAAUUCUGUGAUGUCUACGACAAAAUAUAUUACAGAUCCAGAGCAACGUGCUAGGAGAAUCGUAAACAUUUCACAAAAUGCCGAAGUUGAUUUCUGUAAGGCCUUCUGGUUUUUGUCUGAAACUGAACUUAUGAAUCAAUUACCAUCCAUUGUUUCUAAUAGUGUUGCCGUUUCUAAAGUCAUUUUUUUACCGCCUGAACCGCUAACUAUUACUGUGGGUGAAGAGGAAAUCGAAAUACCAGUUCCUUCUUCUCAUAUAGGUCAAAAACCUAUUCAGAUUCGCCUAAUUAGUCACAAAAUACGAAGUGGUAUGUUAGGGACCAAAAAUAAGACUCAGCUCGAACCCCCUGCAAAAGGCCUACUUAUUCAUUGCCAUGGAGGCGGAUUUGUCGCGCAAUCGUCCAAGUCACACGACGGAUACUUACGUGACUGGGCUAAAGAUUUAGAUGUGCCCAUACUUUGUGUAGAUUAUAGUUUGGCACCCGAGGCACCUUAUCCUAGGGCGCUGGAAGAAGUUUUGUAUGCCUAUUGCUGGGCUAAGAAAAAUUCAUCGCUUCUAGGAAGUACAGGAGAAACCGUUGUUGGAGCUGGUGAUUCAGCAGGCGCGAAUCUACUGCUUUGUACCACUUUAAAAUGUCUGCAUAUGAAUAUACCCCCGCCAAAUGGCCUAUUUGUUGCGUAUGUGCCAACUGGAAUUCACUUCCUACCAUCUCCGGCCCGUCUUCUUUGCAUGAUGGACCCGUUGUUGCCUUUUGGUUUUUUGAUGAGGUGUCUUAAAGCCUACGCUUUUCCCGAUCGUAAGUCAAAGCGUAAGACUACAAAUAGCAAUUCCGAUACCGAAAGCUUUGAGGAAAUCUCAGAAUCGGAUCUGCUAGAGUUGCAGGCACAUAAAUCACCAAUAUCUGACACUUCGGAUACUUUAACUUAUGGUUCGCUGUCUUCCAACGUUGAAGACGUAAAUAAUGGAAAUACUGCAGACCUGACGGUGUCUGAUGUCGAAAAACAGCAGAAAUGCGUUUCGGAAUUUCUUGAGAAAUACGUGUUAGAGUCAGAUACAGAAACAGAUGGCGCAAAAAUAUCUGUUUUAAAACAAGGCAGCUCUUCAACUUCAGCAUCAAAUCUAGACAACUCCAUCCAGAAUCGUGUGUCGGCAAUGGUUUCUAAUCUGAAAAAUCAUUUUACGAAAUUUUUAGGAGCCACUGAAAGCGAGCGGUCUCUAACGGGAGCUGAAAAAUUUUUAGAUCUAGACGUUGACACUCAAAGUAACAUGGUAGACAAGUUCCAAUUUACAGUACCAAAGGACCAUUUCUUGAGUCCAAUUUUUGCUACCGAUGAAGAUUUAAAGAAAUUUCCACCAGUUCGUGUCCUUAGUGUUCAUUUGGAUCCCUGCCUAGACGACUGCGUUAUGUUUGCAAAGAGAUUGAAAAAAGUGGACAAUAAUGUUAAGUUAGAUAUUCUAAACGGCCUACCACAUGGUUUUCUCAAUUUUUCUUUGCUGUCAAAAGACGCUUACGAAGGCUCUAAGGUUUGUAUUGAACGCAUAAGGGAAUUGUUGAACCUGGACAAUUUACCUCCUCCACAAUAAUAAUACACAAUGUAUGUGGAAUUUUACGUAUGUUAGUAAAGGAAUUAAAACAUAUUUUUAUAUAGAAAUUCAAAAUUUAACUAUUUAUUGGUGUGAAUGCAUUAGAUUAAAAUUAAUUCUAUAUACAUAUUUGCAAUAAUAUAUUCCAACAUUAAUAUUCUUUUGAUAGAUAGUAGGGCAUCAAUUUUUUUUUUAAUUUCACUAGAAUCCUUUUAUACUUAUAUAUAAAUUAUACGAGGCCCACAGUUUUUGGUUCGUAUGGCAAAAUAUUAUUAAUAGUAUUUGAAAAUUACUAAAUAAGUAAUUAUAAAUAAUUACCAAAGAAUUGCAGUUUAGUUAAAAUUGGGUGUGGUUUAUUAUUUUUAGCCAAAGAAUUUGUGAUUUAAUACAAAAAUUAAAUGAUUGCCCUACACUAUUAAUAUA